UUGUUGGUGGUGUUAAUCUUUGUUUUCGUCCUCAAACUUCAGUACAAUUUCUUAAAUUACAAAUGCUUUCAAAUGAUGGUAUAUGUCGUGCAUUUGAUUCAAAUGAUGCUAAACGUUUCUAUGCAACAUUAUUACAUUCAGAAACAAAUACUGAUGGUUGGAAAAAAGAUGGUAUUACAUUUCCAAAUGGUGAAAUGCAAAAAAAUUUACUUGAAAAUAUUUAUAAAGAAAUUCAUCUUGAUCCAAAUCGUAUUGGUUAUGUUGAAGCACAUGGAACAGGAACACGUGCUGGUGAUCCACAAGAAAUGAAUUCUAUUACAGAAAUAUUUUGUAGUAAACGUAAUCAACCAUUAUUAAUAGGUUCAACAAAAUCAAAUAUGGGUCAUCCAGAACCAGCUUCAGGUGUUGCUGCUUUAGCAAAAUUACUUAUUGCUAUACAAGAUGGACAUAUACCUGCUAAUUUAUAUUAUAAUUCACCAAAUACAGAUAUACCAGGUCUUAGUGAUGGCCGUCUUAAAGUUGUAACAGAAAAAACAAAACUACCAAAUAAUUUAAUGUCAAUUAAUUCAUUUAGUUUUGGUGGUGCCAAUAUUCAUGCUGUACUUGAAGCAAAUUCAAAUCGAAAAGAAAAUGAAAAUUUAUCACGAAAUGAAAUACGUCUUGCAUUUGCUUGUGCUCGUACAAUUGAUGGAUGUGAAAAUAUUCCUAAAAAUUUAAAAAAAUAUGAAAAUAAUAUUGAAUUACAAGCAUUAAUUACAGAAAAUUCAUUUCAUCCAUCACAUACACAUCCAUAUCGUGGUUUUACUUUAUUAAAUUCAUCAAUAAUAGUUAAAAAAUGUAAUAAUGAACGACGACCAAUAUGGUUUGUAUUUUCAGGUAUGGGUACACAAUGGUCUGGUAUGGGAUGUGAUUUAAUGAAACUAAAAUUAUUUCGUCAAUCAAUUGAAAGAAGUUCAAUUAUACUUAAAAAAUAUAAUAUUGAUCUAUUUAAACUUAUUUUAUCAUCAA